AAUUCUAUCUAAAACAACCUUUCACUGUUUCGUUUCCUUUCCCCCUUUUAUCUUUAUCCUCUGAGUUCGAAUAACACGCAAGAGACCCGAAUCAGUCUCUUUCUAGGGUUAAUUUGGAAUCUACUUUGCUCUUGUUCCCGAAACAAUGCCAGAUUGAACAAAAUCGAAACCAACCCACUUCGAAAUCUCCCCAAAGUUUCGAUUUUGAAUCAACCCACUUCGAAAAGAUCGAAACUUUGCCAUCGUUAUCGAAUCGCAUUUUCAAGAUGGGCAUCCAAGAAGACCCCGGUGCUCACUCGCCAAACCGAAACCGAAGGAACCCAUCAUCGCUUCCACAGACUCUCAAACAUUUCCACAGAGAUUUACUCGCCGGAGCCGUGAUGGGAGGCGUCGUCCACACGAUCGUGGCCCCAAUCGAGAGAGCCAAGCUCCUCCUCCAGACCCAGGAGAGCAACAUCGCCAUCGUCGGAGACUCCUCGGGGAAGAGACGCUUCAAAGGAAUGUUCGAUUUCAUCCACCGCACGGUCCGUGAAGAAGGCGUUUUAUCGCUAUGGAGAGGCAACGGGAGCAGCGUGCUUCGCUACUACCCUUCCGUCGCUCUCAACUUCUCCCUCAAGGACCUCUACAGAAACAUCCUCCGCAACAGCAGCUCUCAGGAGAAUCACGUCUUCUCCGGGGCCUUAGCUAACUUCAUCGCCGGCUCUGCGGCUGGAUGCACGGCUUUGAUCGUUGUUUACCCUCUUGAUAUAGCUCACACGCGUUUGGCUGCUGACAUUGGGAAGAAGGAGGCUCGUCAGUUCAGAGGGAUCCAUCAUUUCUUGACGACGGUUCAGAGGAAAGACGGUGUUAGAGGGAUCUACAGAGGGUUGCCUGCGUCUCUGCACGGUGUGAUUAUUCACCGUGGGUUGUACUUUGGUGGGUUUGAUACGGUUAAGGAGGUUUUGUCUGAAGAUAAGGAGUUGGCGUUGUGGAAGAGAUGGGUUUUGGCUCAGGGUGUGACUACUUCUGCUGGUUUGGCUUCUUACCCGUUGGAUACGGUUAGGAGACGGAUCAUGAUGCAGUCUGGGAUUGAGCAUCCGAUGUAUAGUAGCACGUUGGAUUGCUGGAAGAAGAUUUAUAGGGUUGAAGGGCUGGCUUCUUUUUACCGUGGUGCCCUUUCGAAUAUGUUUAGGAGUACUGGUUCUGCUGCGAUCUUGGUUUUUUAUGAUGAGGUGAAGAAGUUCUUGAAUUGGGGAGGGAUUUGAAGCUGAGAGGUAAGCUCCAAAUUAGAAGUCAGAAGAAGAAAUGAUUGAUUCAUUUUGAUACUACUACACCUUAACAUGGAGACACUUGUAGAUUUAGUUGAUGAUAUUCGUUUCACAGUAUGCAUAUUGAUUCUUUUUUUCUUUUUUGUUAUAGACUUUGUUUGUAUGAGGAUGAAUAAAAGAAAGGAGUCUAUUUUGUAAAUAAAAGAACACGGAAUUGCAUUUUCCUUUUAUUAAAUUUGUUAUCAGUCUGAGUUUUCAUUA